AUGUCUACUGAACCGAAUGGUGAGCCUUCCCAAGGCGCACCGCAGCCAAAAGAGCAGUCGUCAAAGUCGAUCCAACCUCCGAAAGGCGAGAAGACAGGAACAGCAGAAACACCCAAUGCCCUUAGUGGCGAGAAGAAACUCUCUGGGGCCGAGCUGAAGAAGAAGGCCAAGGAAGAGAAGGCUGCAAAGAGAGCAUUAGCAAAGGCGUCCAAGGAGGUCGCAAAGGGCGAGGCCGCGGUGUCGUCUUCACCCGGCCAAUUAGGUCCAUCGGCUGGCGAAGUCAAGGGAAACAAGAAGGGGAAGCAAGAUGCUACAGCUACAGCAGGAUCUGGAGCUGGAGGUCGACCGACUCCGAACAGAGCAACUCCGUCAAUGGUAGCGGAACAGAAAGCAACCAUACCCGAGUGCUUCAGUCACCUACCCAUGGCAAAGAGACUACCAAUGACACAAGCGGACAAGAGCGUUCAUCCUGCAGUACUGGCAUUGGGUCAGCAGAUGGCGACGUUUACCAUUGACGAGAGCAUCAACCGGCUGCGAGCAACACUUCUGGCCUUCAAACGAGUAAUCGCAUCUUAUAGCACUCCUGCUGGACAUACUCUUGCCCGACAUUUUACCCCACAUGUGCUUGGCCCUCAGAUCGACUAUCUGACUUCCUGCCGACCCAUGUGUUUUUCUAUGGGAAAUGCGAUAAGAUGGCUCAAGCUUCAGAUAAGCAAGAUCGACAUGGAUUCCAAGGAAGAGGACGCAAAGAGAGACCUUUGCAGAGCAAUUGACAACUUCAUUACGGAACGCAUCACAGCAGCCGACGAGGUUAUCACGGAGUCGGGAGCGAAGCAUAUUGAAAACGGCGAUGUCGUCCUGGUCUAUGGCCGCAGCAGCCUCGUUGAGCGGACACUCCUCUGUGCGUAUUCAUUCGGAACGAAUUUCUCCGUCUUCGUCAUCGAUGACCCUUAUGAGAGAGCCGGACAGCUGCUAGCAAAGACCCUGGCAGCGGAAGGCAUCAAAGUAACGUACUGUGGAGAUUUUGGAGGACUGAUCAAUCAUAUGAGACACGCGACGAAGGUUCUCUUUGCAGCUGAUGCAAUGUUCAGUAAUGGGGCAAUGUACGCACGCGCAGGAGCUUGUGAUGUUGCUCUCGCAGCAAAUGAAUUGGAGAAGGAAGUCAUCACCCUGUGUGAAACGAUCAACAUCACAGAGAGAGUUGCCACGGACUCUUUGACCUAUAACGAGAUCGACCCUGAGAGAUGCUCCGCCGAGGCAUUCAGACUGCUGUUCGACACGACUCCGGUGAAGUAUCUGAACGCCCUGAUCACUGAGCUGGGUUGUGUUGCGUCGAAGUCGGCACCAAUCUUAUUGAGAAAACUGGAAGAGUUCAACUAG